AUGAAGACCAUUGAAGAGACAUAUCAAAAGAAGACGCCUGUGGAGCACAUUCUUCUCAGGCCUGAUUCCUAUAUAGGGUCUGUGGAGAGGGAAGCGCAGCAGAUGUACAUAUGGGACGAAGAGAGUGGCAGGAUGAUCUACAAGAACAUAGAGUAUGUUCCCGGCCUAUACAAGAUAUUUGACGAGAUAAUUGUGAAUGCUGCGGACAACAAAAUACGGGAUCCAAAGAUGAAUGUUAUUAAGGUUUCCAUUGACCCUGAAAAGAAUGAGAUAUCUGUCUAUAACAAUGGGAAAGGGAUUCCAGUUAGAAUUCACAAGGAAGAAAAUGUGUAUGUGCCUGAGCUUAUAUUUGGAAACCUAUUGACAUCAUCCAAUUACAACGAUGAAGAGAAGAAAGUUACUGGGGGAAGGAACGGAUAUGGAGCAAAGCUGUGCAAUAUAUUUAGCAAGGAGUUUGUCGUAGAGACCGCAGAUUGCGAGGUCAAGAAGUAUUACAGGCAGAAGUACAGGAAUAACAUGGGCAUCAAGGAAGAACCAGAGAUCAGCAGAUAUACCAAGGAGGACUUUACAAGAAUAACAUUUAAGCCGGACUUGAGGAGGUUUAAGAUGGAUAGGCUAGAUGAUGACAUAGUAGCAUUGUUGAAGAAAAGGGUCUACGACCUUGGGGGAAUUGUUAAGGAUGUAAAGAUAUUCUUAAAUGAAAAAAAAAUCAACAUCAAGGGAUUCAAGGAGUACGUGAAGCUCUACGUCCCGCCUGAGGCCAAUGUUGUACACCAGGUUAUCAACGACCGAUGGGAGCUGGCUCUUACUGCGAGUGAAGAGCAGUUCCAGCAGGUAUCGUUUGUUAAUGCAAUAUGCACAACCAAGGGAGGGAGUCAUGUGAACCAUGUUGUUGAACGGAUUGUGGAGCCACUGUCGGAGGCAAUACAGAAGAAGGAGAAGGGGCUUUCUGUGAAGCCCUUCCAAAUCAAGUCAUGCAUGUUUAUAUUUGUGAAUUGCCUGAUUGAAAACCCAGCAUUUGAUUCUCAGACAAAAGAGAAUCUCACCCUGAGAGUUUCUGCAUUUGGGUCAAAGUGCGAUCCAAUAGGUGAUUUUGUGAAGAGCGUCAUAAAGAACACAUCCAUUGUUCAGAGGGUUGCUUCCUUUGCAAGGGCCAGACAGAGUCUACAACUGAAAAAGACGGAUGGGGCAAAAACGAGCAGGCUUUCUGGGAUUCCAAAGCUGGAAGAUGCCAACUUUGCAGGAACAAGCAGGUCGAAAGACUGUACUCUGAUACUAACCGAGGGGGACUCUGCUAAGACACUGGCAGUUUCAGGGCUGAGUGUGGUUGGGAGGGAUAUCUAUGGGGUUUUCCCGCUAAGAGGAAAGCUGUUAAAUGUUAGAGAAGCCUCUCACAAGCAGAUAAUGGAGAAUUCCGAGAUUUCGAGUAUAAAGAAGAUUCUCGGGCUACAGCACAACAAAGUUUAUGAGGACACGUCAAGCCUUAGGUAUGGGCAUGUCAUGAUAAUGACUGAUCAAGACCAUGACGGCAGCCACAUAAAAGGGCUGAUAAUCAAUUUUCUGGACCACUUCUAUCCCUCGUUGCUGAAAAUACCAGGGUUUCUUCAGGAGUUUAUCACUCCAAUCAUAAGAGCCACGAAGAAAGGCCAGGUCAGGGAUUUCUUCACCUUACCUGAAUAUGAGGAGUUCAAAAAGAGCGAGGAAGGAUGGAAUAUAAAGUACUACAAGGGCUUGGGGACAUCCACAAGUGCAGAUGCCAAGCAGUACUUUAGCAACCUGCCCAUCCAUGUUAAGAACUUUACCCCGCUGGUUGAUGAGGAUAAAGAACUCAUUGACCUUGCAUUCAACAAGAAGAAAGCAGAUGCGAGGAAAACAUGGCUUUUGAGUUUCGAGCCUGGGACAUUUCUAGACCAGUCACUGCCACAGAUAUCGAUUUCGGACUUCGUUAAUAAAGAGUUGAUUUUGUUUUCCAUGGCAGACAACAUCCGGUCGAUUCCAAGCUUGGUAGAUGGACUGAAACCAGGGCAGAGAAAAGUAAUGUUUAGCUGUUUCAAGAGAAAUCUUAGAUCGGAAAUAAAGGUGGCACAGCUGGUGGGAUAUGUUUCCGAGCAGUCUGCAUACCACCAUGGAGAGCAAUCUCUUUGCUCCACAAUUGUGAACCUAGCCCAAGAUUUUGUUGGUUCCAAUAAUAUAAAUCUUCUUCUCCCUAUUGGCCAGUUUGGAAGUAGGCUUCAGGGGGGAAAGGAUGCAGCAAGCCCUCGUUAUAUCUUCACAUCCUUGUCUCCACUCACAAGAUUGAUAUUCAAUGAGAAUGACGAUGCAAUCCUGAACUAUCUCAACGACGAUAAUCUUUCGAUAGAGCCGGAGUUCUAUGUGCCUAUCAUUCCAAUGGUAUUAGUCAAUGGAGCAGAGGGUAUCGGAACUGGAUGGAGCACAUCCAUUCCCAACUUCAACCCAAUAGAUAUAAUUGAGAACAUUCGAAGGAUGAUUAGAGAUGAAGACCCUGUGGAAAUGACACCCUACUACAGAAACUUUAGAGGAACCAUCGAAAAGGUUGGAGAAGGAAAGUUCCAGGUCUCUGGGGUGUAUGAGGGAGAUAUGGAUCUUGAAAUCACGGAGCUCCCUGUUGGCACAUGGACCCUGAAUUACAAGGAGUUUUUGGAGUCUCUUGUCCAGGCUGGUGUUGUGAAGGACUUCAAAGAGUACCACACAGAGAAGACAGUGAACUUUACUGUGAAGCUUGCCAAGCAUGUCAGCAAUCUGAAGCUAAACACCACCAUCACAAUCAACAACAUGGUGUGCUUUGAUGAGAAGCUUGGGAUUAAGAAAUACUCGACACCCAAGGAUAUCCUGAAGGAGUUCUAUGAUGUAAGGCUCAGAUACUACUCGAUAAGGAAGGAGAAUAUGCUGAAGGUAAUGAAAGAGGAAUUGGUAAGGCUGGAAAACAAGGUGAGAUUUAUAAAAGAGGUUUCUACAGGGGGACUUGUUAUCAGCAGAAGAAGGAGGGCAGAGAUUGUCUUUGAUCUUGAGGCAAGAGGAUAUGCAAAGGCAGAUGAUUACGAAUAUCUUCUAGGGAUGUCGAUAUUAAGCCUUACUGCAGAAAGAAUUGAAAAGCUAAGCAACGAGCACUCAAAGAAGCUUGAGGAGUACAAUAGAUUAGCGGGGAAGACUCCCAAAAAGCUUUGGCUUGAAGACCUGGAUGCUUUUGAAAAGGAGUACUUGAAAAUUGUUGAAAAUGAAACCAAAGAAUAUGACGAUGAAUUGAACGGACGUGUUAAAAAGAGAGGUGGGAAGCCAAAGUCGAGAAGUGGGGCCGCCAACAGGCCAAAGAAGGCCAAAGCAGCCCAAAAGCCCAAGGCAGCACAUGUAUCUGAGAACUCAACAGACUCAGAUGCUUUACAAGAAAAGCCCUGGAAAAAGUAUAAUCUUACAUAA